UUCCAGAUCAGAGGGAUGAGCAUCGAUGAGGCCAUUGCACAGCUGGAGUUUAAUGACAAGAAAGGAGCAAAAAUAAUGAAAGAGGUCCUUCUUGAAGCUCAGGAGAUGGCAGUGAAGAAUCACAACGUAGAGUACAAAUCCAACCUGUUUGUAGCCGAGUCGUAUUCUGGCAAAGGGAAGUACCUGAAACGGAUCCGUUACCACGGCAGGGGUAUGUUUGGCAUAAUGGACAAAGUUUAUUGCCACUACUUCGUCAAGCUGGUGGAGGGCGCACCACCCAAAAUUGAGAAGAAGACUAGCUUUGACCAGGCCAAAGAGUACGUCCAGUCCCUGAAGAACCGAACCAUCAUCCACAGUCUGUAGAGCAGACAUCUGACACCAUUUCAAUCUCACUGUAACCAUUUUUAUGUGUAUGUAUCAUUUUUUUCUGUAAAUAAAUACAUGAGAAUU